GUGCAACAUAUGUAUAUACAGGCCAACCCAUGGAAUUGCGGCGACUGAAGUUGGCCAAGAAAGUUGGGGCUCUUGUGAACCGGGGUUGAUUCUGGAGUGAGGUACUUUGGUACUUGCUUGGCCUUGGUGGGACAUGGGACGUGGGACACGGCCGGGUGUGGACCCAUGCCCCUGUGGGUUGCUGGCAGGGGCUUGCGAGCUGCCAUUCAGCCUCAUGCUCUGGCCAGGAAUUUCGUGAAGCAAGCUCCCCCAGACCUCACACCUCUUCCCGCACCUCUCCAAUCCGAAGCGAACGUAAUCACAGCUCGCAGCUGGUGACGUUGCUCUUCGUUGAUGUCCAUCUCCAAUUCAGCAUGAGCUUCUAAUCACAGGUACUGGACUUGCCUCCCCGCCAGCUUUUCUCGGCAGCAGCGCGCGACGAGCGUGUUCCUGCGAUUCCAACAUCGCCUCUACCUCCUCAACUCGGCGAACCCUCGAAUCGAUACCACACGAAGUCGCCAACCCGAGAAUAGCCUUUCCCACACCUCCUAGCUCGGAGAGCCCUCGCAGGCAGUCAUGGCGUCGGCGCAACAGAAUGGCCACCUCAACGGGGCCAACGGCGCCUCAGACGGAGUGUACACGAGCAAGCGAUUCGCAGACGUGCCUGCGACGCUCGACAUCCCUGUGCAAGAUCAAGAAGAUGAAGCCGUCGAGAUCGACCUGACCAAUCUGAUGGACGACCCUUCGGACCUGUGCGACCUCUUCGAAGCUGAACAUGCCGCUCGCACUUAUUGGAUGGCGGUCGCGCUGGCUUACGCUAAGCAGAGGAAGGUCGACUACGCCAUUGAGACACUAAUUCGCGGAAACGCUCUCCAGACUAUCAGCCAGCGGGACAAGCUGAGUCUGGUCAGCUGUCUCUGCUGGAUGUAUCUGUGGAAGAGUCGCGAGGCGCCUCGAGUGGCGCCCGAAGGACACCUCGCGUCCGAGGUAAAGACAAAAGAACACUAUCUUCAACAAGCAACGGCGACCCUCAACGAAGCUUCACGAAUCAAUCCAGCCUUCCCACCGCUCUUCCUUGCGCGUGGUGUCCUCUACCUCCUCCGAGCCUCGCUGCAACCACCCUCGAAAUCGGGCGGCACUGGCUCUAUAGAUCCAGAGAAGGCAGAGCUGUUGCGAUCUGCUCUCAAAUCGUUCGAGGAUGCUAUCCGGGUCUCUUUCGGCAAGAACAUGCUUGCCCUUAUGGGCAAAGCCAGGGCAUUGUUCUCCAUGGCCAAGUACCCAGAGGCGCUUUCGGCGUAUCAGGACGUAUUGCAAAAGAUGCCCGACAUGGUUGACCCUGACCCAAGAAUUGGCAUUGGGUGCUGCUUCUGGCAGCUCGGCUUCAAGGACGAUGCGAAGACCGCUUGGGAGAGAGCGUUGGAGAUCAACCCAGACUCCAAAGUUGGAAAUAUCCUUCUUGGACUCUUUUACCUCGACAGCAGCGGGCACGUCCCCACAAACAGCCCUGAUUUCAUUCGACUUUACAAAAAGGCGAUGACGGAAUACACGCAGCGCUCCUUCAAACUCGACAAGGAUUCUCCGCUCACGUGCGCCACCUUCGCUGGGUAUUUCUUGUCUAGGAAGAACUACGCAAACGUGGAUAGCCUGGCACACAAGGCUAUCCAGUACACCGAUGUCAACGCCAUUGCCAGUGAUGGCUGGUACCUUCUGGCGCGUAAGGAGCACUAUGCCGGUGAUGCGGAUCGCGCGAGUGACCACUACAAGCGCGCAGAUGAUGCGAGAGGUGGUGAUCAGCGUGGAUACUUGCCAGCCAAGUUUGGCCAGGCACAACUUUUGGUUAUGAAGAAUGAUCUCCCUGGAGCAAGAUACCACCUCGAGAAGAUGAACAAACAGGUUCGAAACCACGAGACCAUGACGCUGCUUGGAACGAUCUACGCCGAGGAAGUCUUUGCAAACGAGGCCGCCACUGUUAAGGACAACAAGACGAACGAAGCCAAGCAAGCUGUGAUCUUGCUAGAGGGUGUCAGAGCUGCGUGGAAGGAUCCUCAGAAGAAUGUUGCGCCCGACGCGUCGGUCCUCUUAAACCUCGCUCGCCUGUAUGAGAACGACCAUCCAGACAAGGCACUCCAGUGCUUGCAACAGGUGGAGCAAAUGGAGCUUGACCAGAUUCCCGACUCGGCCAUACCUGACGAUAUCACUGACGAGACUGCAAAGAAGGCAGCCAAGCGGAGGCUGCUUUCUCCGCAGCUUUUGAACAACAUCGGCUGUUUCUACUCCCAAGCUGAGAAACAUGAGUUUGGGAGCGAAUUGUUCGAGGUCGCUCUGGACUCGUGCAUGAGGAUCGAGGAGACCGGUGACAACGAGGACAUGGAUACCGACGCCCUUGUUACCACGAUCAGUUUUAACCUCGGCCGGAGCUACGAGUCCAGAGGCCUUGUUGACAAAGCUGUCGAUGUUUACGAACGUCUUCUCAAGCGCCAUGAUGACUACACUGAUGCCCGGACUCGUCUGGCAUAUAUCAAGUUGCGGAAGAAUCCAAACAAGGAGGGACCGGAAACGGUUUCGAAGCUUUACGCUGAUCAGCCAUCUGAUGCCGAGGUCAGGGCGCUGUACGGUUGGUACCUCAGCAAAGUCACCUCCAAGAAGAGGCCGCAGAACCUGAACGAAGACCAUGAAUAUCGUACAUUCAAGCGUACCUUGCAGCAGCUUGACAAGCACGACCGGUAUGCACUGGUCUCCAUGGGCAAUAUGCAUCUUUCGCAUGCCCGGGAGACGAGAGUGCACACGGAGGCCGACAAGCAGAGACGCGAGAAGGAGUACAACAAAUCAGUGGAAUUUUUUGACAAAGCCCUGCAGCUGGAUCCGAACAAUGCGUACGCCGCGCAAGGUAUGGCCAUUGCGCUGGCGGAAGCAAAGAAGGACUAUAGGACUGCCCUGUCAAUCCUGCUACAGGUGCGCGAGACAAUCAAGGACGCCAACGUGUACAUGAACCUCGGCCACACCUACCACGAGCUCAAGCAAUACUCUAAAGCAAUUGAGAGUUACGAAAUGGCCCUGUCUAAAGAGGGUAAAGCUAAGGACACCAUGCUCAUUUCCUGUCUGGGCCGGACCUGGCUGGCCAGAGGGAAAGCCAGCAUAUCUGCAGCACACGGCCAGAAGAUCCCACCUGAGAUCAACGCCUACUAUAAGGCGCUGGAGCUCGCGAAGAAGGCCUUGGAGAUUAACCCGGAGCAAGUUCAUUUCAAGUUCAACGUGGCUUACGUCCAGAUCCAACUGGCCAUGACGUUGAGGGACAUGGGAGAGACAGACAGGACUUUGCAGCAGCUUCAGGAGGCAGCCGAUGGGCUGGAGUCUGCGAUCACGACGCUGGGCGAAGUUGCCAACCGCCCUGACACUCCUUUCCCGAAGCACGAGUUGGAGCAACGUGCCAACAUGGCCCAGAACACGCAGAGGAACCAGCUGCAGCGUGCGAUUGACCAACAGAAGCAAUACGAGGAGAAGAACAAGGAGAAGGUCCAAGCCGCCCUGGAGCAGCGGCAGGCCGAGCAGCGGCGGCGAGAGGAGGAGAAGCGCAAGAUCGAGGAAGCGGAGCGUGAGCGAAAGGAGAAGAUCCGCAAGGAGCGCGAGGAGAUCUCAGCACGCGACCGAGAAAUUGCCGAGCGGCGUGCACGAGAGGAGCGGGAGCGGCUGGAGGCUGAGAUGACCGAGGACAGCCAGGGCGAGCGAGUGAAGCGAAAGCGCAAGCCGGCCGGACGAUCCAAAGGCGAAGGUGGUGAACGCAAACGCCGGUCAAAGAAGAGGAGGGACGAGGAGGAGGAGGGCGGCAGCGGCGGCGAAGGCGACGAAUCGGACGAGGAGCAGCAGCGCGAGAGGCAGCCCAAGAAGAAGAGACGUCUCACCAAGAAGGAGAACAGCAAGUACAAGUCGGCGGAAUUCAUCAACGACAGUGACGCAGACUCGCCAGCCCCGUCGCCGAGAGAGGACUCACCGGCGUCGAGGAUCUCAACGCCGGACCCGCAGCUCGACUCUGACGACGAGGGUGGUGCGGGUCGGAUGGACGUGGACAAGGCAGCAUCUCCGGUCGAGGCGGGAGGCGAUGAUGACGAUGAGGAGGGGGGCGGCGUGCAGCGACGCAAGCGUGCGAGAAGGGGCCGGGUGCUGGAGAGCGACGACGAGGGCGACGACGAAGACGGAGCACCGGCGCCGGAGAAGAAGGCAUCGCCAGAGGCCGACACCGCCAUGGCUGAUGGGUCUGACGAUGAAUGAUUGGCGGCCCGCAAGGCAUGAAUACUGAUUACACUAGUAUGAGCAUGGCAUCAAUUUGAAUACGUCAUGAUCACUCGUGUCCGAGUCCGUUCUGAGAUAUCCGAAGUGUGCAUAGAUGCCGUGACGGGACCAGACCAACACCAGAGAUGCGACGAACAGUUUCCGACACUUGACGGGACACUCUUUAUGCGAUCGUAUGCAGUGGUAUUUCCAGAUGGCAUUUCGAGAAGCCAUUUCUCUCAUUCAAAGUCACAGCCCAUACUGAGAGAGAAUCACGGGCUAGAAUGCAGGAGCAGGCCCGUCCUACAUGUGCAUAGACAUGAUCUUGCAUGGUUUCAAGUGGGAGGGGCGCAUUACACAAUGUUCAUGUAGAAUUGUCUGCAGAGCACAGCGUUUCCCGUGACAGGCCGGCGGUAGUGGAGUCGAAGAUCACCCGAGCGACAGAGCAGGCAUGACCUGCAUAUCGGGGGGACAUGCAAAGCCUAAAUUCCGCAGCCCCAGCACAGCGGCCCAGGGAGGGGAGCGGCGGGAGGAGCGGGUACGACCAAUGGGAAGGGGUGCAUCAGGGAUG